AUGGGCGCGACGGACAAGAAGCAGUAUCGCAGCUCGAGUGAAAAUCACAGUGGAGAGGAGGGAAGCUCCUCGGACCAUGAAAAGGCCAGAAGGAGGAGGAAGCGGCUACUUGAGAAGAGGCGACGGAUGGAGGAGAAGGAAAGAGAUGACGUGAUGAGUCGGAGGAAAAGGAAACAAGAAGAGGAAGACGAACGCGUCGACAGUGAGAGGAAAAGACGCAACAAAAAAAUGGUUAACAAGAGCAGCGAGGAGGAGGACGACGACGAAAGUGAUGAUGGUAGUGGAAGGGGUGGGAAGAGUGCCACCAGGCGGAGAAGCGGCAGUGGGUACUCUUCCAGGGUGAAACGAGAACAAAGGAUGAAACAGAAAAGGAGAAUGAGAUCAGGGGAGAGUGAAGAUGGAAAGUCCAGCAGUAGCAGCCGAGGAGGGGGAGGAAGUCCCGCCGUGAGAAUGCGACGAAGGAGGGAAGAAAGCCCAGAGAUUACUGCAAGCAGGCGAGACAGGAGAAGUAGUGAACAAAGAAUUAAAGGCCUGUCGCGUAAAAAUGUUGAAAUACGGAUGAGGGGUCGGGACAGGAGCUCCCCGACGGAGGAGGACAGGUACAGAGACAGGCACGCUGAUAGGCAUAGGGAAAGACGAAUUGAAAGGAGGCCGAGGGGGAGUGACGACGACGACGAUGAUGAGCGAAGGGGAAAGAGAUACGUCCGUAAUGGCCGCGGAAGUAGCGGAGAUAGUGAUAUGCACCGCGGCAGGAGGUACAGAAGCCGCAGUAGGAGUUCGCAUGUGAGACUGAGGGAAGGACGCAGCGGGCGCAGUGAAUGGGUGGGGAGAAGUAGGUCGAGGAGGCGAAGCCGGUCUAGGUGGCCAAGCAGGUCCAGGAGGCCAAGCCGCUCCAGGAGGAGAAGCAGAUCGAGACGGAGAGGCAGCCCGUCUUGGGGGCGAAAAAGAGAGUCGGAUCGAAACAAAACGUACAAAUUUGAUUCUCCACCCCAGUCGGAAGACGAAUGGGGAACAGUAAAACACACCAAAGGUAACCUCCUCACUAGUGUGGCAAACAGUGUAGUGAACAGUGUGGAAACUGGUAGGAGUGGCCAAGGGCUCGUACCCCCUGCAGCCGCCUACAAAAGCGCGAACAGUAAUGAUAUGAGUAAUAAUGACCCCGUCAGUAAUGACGGUGCAAGUCCUAGCCAAGUGAAGACUGAUGUGGCAGCUACACAAACCUACAACUCAAGCAACAUUGAAAGUUUAAUAAAAACGUUAAGCAGCAGCAGCGGUAAUGUGAUGAGUAGUGUGAUAGGGUCCACGCCGAGCAGCAAGCUUUUAAAUACCCUAAGUGGUAGCGUGGGCGGGGCACUUCUCACAACCGAUGCAUCUAAAGGGGGGGUAAUGAGUGUGGGGAUGGGGGCGGAUCAGGGCGUGACAAACACUGCAGGGUUGACCGGUGUAGUAGCGGGGUUAGGACUGAACCCACCUCAACUGAAUAUGCUCCUGAAUGGACAAUUAAAAAUGGACAACCCAGUAGUUCAACAGUUAUACAAAAAUUCAUUAGGAAUUAAUGAGUUGUGUUUAUCCUCCCUCGAUGCAACUGCGGAGAAAACUGCUCGAGAGCUCUACGUGGGAAACAUCCCGCAGCACAUCGACAUACAGGAAAUUGUGAAAUUUUUAAACAAGUGCUUACACAUACUGUACAAUAAAGAAAGCGUAAAUGGACUCGCAAAUGGGCAGGACAUGGUAGAAGAGCAGAAGUGUGAGGAAAUCUGCCUCAAGGCAUGCAUCCGAGGAGACACACACUACGCUUUUGUAGAAUUCAGAUCCCUACAGGAUACAUCUAACUGUCUGCUACUAAACGGGAUCAAUUUUUAUGGUAAUAAUUUACGAAUCGGUAGACCCAAAACUUUUCCUAUCGAAUUAACGAAUCUCAUUCCACAACCGACCAUCCCUACGAUUGAUAAUUAUUACCUAUCACAGGGGAUCAUCGGACUUGAAGCCUUUUGCAUUUUCCUUCAAAAUGAAGAAAAGAUGAGGAGUGAGUACCUACCCAUGAGCAUGAUCAAGCUACAAAAAUUAUGUGUUUCGAAUAUUUUAAAAAAAAAUGAAACAAGUAAAAUAAAAGAGUUGUUAGAAGCAUUUGGCGAAAUCAUAUCCUUUGAGUGCUUCGAAGGAGACGAGUCGUGCGAUACGUAUAUUGCUCUGGUGGAAUAUGCGACCCCAGAUAAUGCUGUACAGGCACAAAAAAUCUUAAAUCAAAAUACAAGUUAUAAGAUUCAAUUUGAAUAUGAAAUUGUGAAUGAUCCUGUUAUUAAUAAUUUUAUAAAAAGAAAAUAUAUGUCCUCAGAGAAUUCCAUUCUGUCUCAACAGAUCCCUACUAGGACUGUUGUGCUUAGCAGAAUUGCUACAUUCGAUGAACUGUCUGAUCCGAGUGAAUACCGCGACAUUGUUGAGGACAUAAAGGUCGAGUGUGAGAAGUUUGGUUCCGUCCUCGAGGUCGUGCUACCUGUGUUCUCGCGCGAGACGUUUGACUUUUUGUUUAAGCAGGCAGCCAAGUGCGCCGCUGCUGCGGACGCAUCGCAAGGGUUAGCGGCAGAGGAAGGAGUAGAGGCAACGGAGGGAGUAGCGGCAGGGGAGGGAGUAGAGGCAACGGAGGGAGUAGCGGCAGGGGAGGGAGUAGCGGCAGGGGAGGGAGUAGCGGCAGGGGAGGGAGUAGCGGAAGAGGAGGGAGUAGCGGAAGAGGAAGGAGUAACAGAAGAGGACCGCACCCAUCCCAACUACGACCUCACGUCCAUCGGAUGCGCCUUCAUCUACUUCGAAACCAUUGAAGCGGCCACCAAGGCCAGGAAGGAGCUCAGCGGAAGAAAGUUCGGCGCAAACAUCAUCGAGGCCAACUACUACAGCGAGAAAAAGUUCCUCCUCAAAAACUUCAAGGACGUCAAGUACAACUUUAAGAAGACCCACUCGUCCCUGUUCAAUGUUAAUUUGAAGAUGGGGAAUUUUACCUACUCGGACUGCUCCGAUGAGGAGUGA